CUGUUAACGAAGAGCCAGCUAUUAUAACUUCCAUAAAAGGUUCGCGGUAAAGCGACGGUGUUUUAAUCUCUACAACUGGCAAAACUUCAUGGAAAACUAUACAGUAGAGAAAGUCUGCGGAUGGCUGAAAAAAGUUGGAUUUGAAGAAAACAUUGACGCGUUUGCACAACAUAAAAUAGAGGGACGACAUUUAAUCCGGUUGUCACAUCCAUUGCUAGAAGAGCUUGGGAUUACUGAUGCUGAAAGACGUCGUCAAUUCUUAAAAGAAAGAAAUAGCUUACGAGAUACCCCGAAACCAUGCAUUCUAAGGUUUAUUGCUUGCAAUGGGCAGAGCCGAGCAAUUCAGUCUUUUGGGAAUUAUUGGGAAACAUUGAAUCUGGCUUUACGAAAAUUUUGCUUGCCGGAUGGCAUAAAGUAUAAUAUCUGCGUCACGAAAAGUAGUCAAAUUCGACCCAUCUUUGAAGAAGACUUUCAGGAAAUAUGCCACAACGUGUCGUCGCCAGAAAGAGAAAGACUUAUUAUAGUUUCGGAAUCCAAGCCUUGCCCUUCUUUUGAAGAUCUUCGUAAAUCCUGGGAAAUAGAAUCCGCUCAGCCAUUGCCAAGCAAUUCUAAUAGCCCACAAAACUUUUCAUCUUUAUUGUCUAAGAACAUACAAAAAACCCUCUUUCCUUCGGAUAGGACAAAUGCUUCUUGUCUAUCCAUACAAAGACCCCCGAGUGAACUUAUCAGUUCACGGAUUUCUCACUUUUUCCCUGAACAUCAACCAAAGUUAUUAGAAAAAACGCUAUAUAAUUCAUUUGUUGGGAAUCAAAACCUUCAUCAUUCUCGUGAAAAUACAUUUGGAAAGGAGAUUCUACCAAAAUCGAGAAGUUUGCGGCGCCAACAUUUAGAGCUUCUGAGAUCAAUGUCCGCAUUAAAAAUAAAUACGUUAGAGGAUUCAAAAGGCAUAAAUAGAGCGACGCCUUUGAACGAAUCGGAUAUUGAUAAGAAAAGCAAACCAACCGUUCCUAUAAAAACCCCACCUGUACAAAAUUCUUCAUUUUCAAAGAAACUUUCUGAAAGACAUAGGGUUACAGACUUACAAACAGCUAGCUUACGAAACAUUCAACUUCCAUCGGUCACGUCCAAAAUGUCGCCGAUACCGUCUCCGUCUUUCGUGGAACAAGUAUCACCUGCCUCGCCUACUCCGACCACCACAAGUGAAGAUACAAAUGUAACAGAAGAAGAAAUUGAAGAACAGCCAGUCAAGUGGAUUCGCGGAGCAUUGAUUGGUUCUGGUUCCUUUGGGCAAGUUUAUCUCGGUAUGAAUGCAUCUAGUGGUGAGUUAAUGGCCGUCAAACAAAUUUGCAUUAGUGAGUUUAAAAAAUCUAAAGAACGACAUUCUAGUCUUUUUAAGUCCCUUGUCAGUGAAAUAGCUUUACUGCAGGAGCUGGCUCAUGAACACAUUGUCCAAUACCUCGGAUCAAAUUUAACUUCGGAGUUUUUGAACAUUUUCUUGGAAUAUGUUCCUGGCGGUUCUGUCACCGGACUGCUUGAAAUGUAUGGAAGUUUUGAGGCCGGUCUGGUCAGAAACUUCAUAAAGCAAACAUUAGAAGGCUUGCAGUAUCUUCAUUCCAAAGGCAUUGUGCACAGAGAUAUUAAAGGUGCUAAUAUAUUGGUUGAUAACAAAGGAAAAAUCAAAAUCUCGGAUUUUGGCAUCUCUAAAAAAUUGGAAUUGGAAAAUCCCACUGAUAAAAUUAGAUCCUCUCGGCCGUCUUUGCAAGGAUCCUCGUUUUGGAUGGCUCCAGAAGUGGUCAAGCAAACACAACAUACUGAGAAAACUGACAUAUGGUCACUUGGCUGUUUAGUAAUAGAAAUGCUUACUAGCAACCAUCCGUAUCCCACUUGUGAUCAAAUGCAAGCAAUUUUUAAAAUAGGACAAAAUAUCCCUCCUGAAUAUCCUCCCAAUGCCACUCCCUCCGUCCAUGACUUUUUGAAUAAAACUUUUGCCAUUGAUUGCCAUGAAAGACCUACAGCCUCGGAAUUGCUCCAGCAUCCUUUUAUUGUUAAAAUCGGAUAAUCAAGUGACAGUAAAAAUUUGUUUUGCUAAUGUUUCGAAAGUAAAUGACUUUACGAUUUUUACGAUACAUAAUGUUGAUGUUUUUUUAUUUCUUUUGUAUUAACGUCUUGUGCAUUGCCGCUCUUUAAUUUUUGAUUUUCUUUCUUUUAUUCUUUAAAAAUUAUUUAAUGGUUAAUUCUUUCUUCUUUUAUUAACUUUUUUGUAGAAAUUGGAAACAGAAAAUAAUAUAUGGUUUGUAAUUGAGGAAAGAAAGCAGUAUUAAGUAUUGA